UUUUUUGUCUUUCAAAAUUCUAUGACUUUGUUACUAUCGGAAUUUUGCUGUCGUAUCAUGUUGUUCGCCGUUACGAUUUUUGUUUAUAGGAUAGGUUAAUAAUACAUAAGUAUAAUUUUUAAUAAACAUUUUUUUUACCUUACCGGACGCUCAAAUAACAUAAUGAAAAAAAAACUAGUCCGUUGACGUUGCACAGUGCGGUUUGAUCAUAUCGGCAAUGCGGUGAACGAUUUUAUUCUCAAGUUUUUUUUUUUUGUAGUUUCCCAGUGCGACUUAACGAACCAUUACCAUCGCAUCGGACAAUCCUUAAUCGAGUUCCGCAUAUUACCAUUAUCUACGCGUGAUGAAAUUCAAAUCGCUUUUCCGGCGGAACCACAACCAGGGUAGUCCUUCGUCCGAUGGGGUGAGAUCCUAUCAGCAACCCCCAGCCACAAUGGAAUCAGCUGUUUUCCCGCCAAACAACAACCAGCCACAGGCAACGGAAAAACUCCAACACCAGCUGCAGCCUAAGGUGGAAGCCAUGGACAAUUGCGGUGCUACAGCAGUCGGCUUUUCCUCUUCGGUUGGAUCGAUAGACCGAUGUGACAACGAGUAUGUGGCGGAGUUGGAGAAAUUGCGUAUGGAAGUUAACGUCUUGAAGGAACAAAGAGACGAAGCAGAACAAAAUUUAGCUAUGCAUAUUGAAAGUGCUCGAAAUGUAUUGUCUUGCUCUGUUUCCAAUAACAAAGUAGAUGACCGUAGAAGAUAUCCUAGUUCCGCUCCUGCUUCAAUAGCUCCGCCAAAUUCUGCUAGCCAGGAAUUACUAGAUACUCAUGACUGGGAUAAACAUUCAAAUAGUUCUGUUAGUGAGGUUUCCGUGGCAUGUUUACAAGACAGGAUUAUACAAAUGGAAGAAACGCACUACAGUACUAACGAAGAAUUACAAGCGACACUUCAAGAGUUAGCUGAUUUACAAUCUCAACUUUAUGACCUUCAGCAUGACAACGAGCGUUUAGGAAAAGAGAAAGGUGUAUUAUUAGAGUCGCUGUGUCAACAAACAGAAAAGUUAGAAGACGCUCGCACUAAAGUUGAUGCCUUACAAGGACUAUUUCUCGUACCUGGUGCCAACCCUCCUUCUACAUCUACUGAAAGAGAAGAAAAACUCGUCGAGUUACUAAAGAGUGGUCAAGCAGAACGGGAGGCUUGGUUAGCUAAACAAGAGGAACUGAUUGGGGAAGCUAAUGAAUCAAAACGAGCAUCAGAAAAUGAAGCCAAAAAAGCAAAUCAGCUGUUAGAAAGAGUUCGAUUUCUGGAAUGUACUGUCGAUAGUAAAACUGCCGAAGUUAAACAACUUGACGAACAACUUUCUUCGGCAAAAGAAGAAAUAUCUUCAAAAAAUAUUGAAAUUAAUAGAAAUCAAAUGUUGUUAGACAACGCAAGAGCUAAGAUUGAAGAAUUGGAGGCAGCUAGAGACAAGCUUGGAGACAAGUCUGAACUAGACGAAUUGUUGAACCAAGCUAGGCGUGAAAAAGAUAACUUGGAAAGUCAGUUGGCGUCCUUACAAGAGCGUGUGCAAAGGGCAUUUUGUGAAAUUGAUCGGCUCAAAGAACAAUUAGCAAAUUCUAAUGAACAAUGCACUGUAGCUACUAACAACGCUAAGUCUGCUCUUAUAGACCUUCAAUGGCAAAGAGACAAAUGGCACGAAGAAGUUGCAGCAUUAACUGCGGAAUUAAAAAUAGCCAAAGAAGCCGAAGCUGAAACACAAAUGUUGUGUCAAAAAUAUGUUGAUGAAAAAAGGCAGUUAGCAGAUGUAUUGUCCGAAACUCAAAUGUGUCUAGCCAAUGUACGCAAGGCUCUAGAAGAAGAAAAAGUUGAAAUGCAAUAUGAGAGAAAAGAAUGGUAUCAAUUUAAAGAAGACCUUUUGACUACUGUGAGAGUGGCCAACGAUUAUAAAGAAAUCGUAGAGAAAGAUAUGGAACAAAUUAUAUCAGAAAAUAAACGUCUUAGAGAAAAAGUGAAAUCUUUGGAAGAUCAACUUGAUAAGCUGAAACACAUGGAGAAACCUAGAGCGUUGUCUUGCAACGGUAAUUCCAUUCUUAAUCCAGUAAUAAUUGGACACGAGAUUAGUCGUCGUAACAAUCAUUCUAAGCUCUCCCGUCAAGACAGUCAACUGUCUGUAAAAACGUUAAUUGAAAGCAUUGAAAAUGCUACCAAACAAGCUAAAACAGCUGAAUUUACCAGAAGUAAUUCUACUUCAAGCUUAAAUGGAUUAAUUGGUCAAAACGAAAACCAGUCUUCAUGUAAAACUACGAGAGAUUGUGAUUUUAAUACGCCCCUCAGAGAACACAAUUCUUUAUCAGUAGAUAAUAAUUCUAUAUCACCUUGUGAAGAAACCGAUCCCAUAAAAAAGUGCCAAAACGAAGAUUAUAAUAGGCCUAAUGGAUCUAUACUUUCUUCUUCAAGAAAUAUGGAUACAUUUGCACGACUCGGAGGAACCACUGAAAUACCUGAACGUCGUGACCCUUUACAAGCCUUAGUGAAAAAUGGUGGUUCGAAACGUAAUGCUUUGCUGAAAUGGUGCCAGAAUAGAACAAUCGGUUAUCCCAAUAUAGACAUAACAAAUUUCAGUAGUUCGUGGAACGAUGGGUUAGCUUUAUGUGCUCUUCUGCACACUUACGUUCCCGAUAAAAUACCAUACUCGGAACUGAGUCCUGCAGAAACACGGCGCAACUUCUCUGUAGCAUUUGAAGCUGCUGAAUCAGUCGGGAUACCAACAACAUUAAAUAUUAAUGAUAUGAUAUCGCAAGAACGACCCGAUUGGAAUUUGGUUAUGUCGUAUGUAACUGCAAUAUACAAACAAUUUGAAACGUGAUUUAUGUUAAUUUUGACACUGCAUGUUGAAAGACUGAUAAAUGAUACAAAUCACACAAUUUAGUGUUCCUAAAUACGAGACAACACAAGACUUCUAGAAUUUUUCUGUUAUCUAUUAAUUAACUAAUGAUUUUAUUUUUUAAGACCGUAUAUUAUUAUGUUUUAUGUUUGAACAACAACUAAAUAGUUUUAUAAACAUCGAAGAAACGAAAGUAUGUUCUAGAAGUUUUCUAGUCACUUCAUUCAAAAGUAUUUUAGUAUUUAAUAUUUUCUUUUGUAUUAUUGUGUACAUAAUAUAUAUUUAUAGAUAUAUAUUUAAAUUAUCUUUUUUAAACUUUUUAUUUAAUGUAGGUGUAACAUUUUCCCCCACCAAUUGUGAACGGGUAAAUUUAAAUCAAUUGUAUAAAACAAACAUGAGCAAAAAAAAAAGUUUUG